GUUGAUGAUAUGCAAUAAUAGAGGACUCAAUGAUAUUGGAAUAGAUUCUGUACUAUAAAUAUGUUAAGGUUAACAAGUACUUCAUCCUUCGGGAACAUCCAUUCCCUCCAUUGUUCACAUCAAUGCACUACAACGUUUUUUGUUAUUCACUACCUCUUUCCGAUUCCAUCAAUAGAGGACGCUGCCAUAGUGAUGAAGGGUCGACGUCGACUCUCUAACCGCUAGAAUAGACAAUGACAAGCAAAUAUGAACUGUGAAAGUUGAACGUGCAAGAAAGUAAACUUUUUUUUUGGGUUGAAGAAUGUAUGCAGCAG